CCAGCCCCAGCGAGAGAGCGGGCGGGUGGCCCAGGCGCGCAGCGGUGAGGACCGCAGCCAGAGCUCGGCGCCAACCACCGCGGGCCUCCCAGCCAGCCCCGCGGCGGGGCAGCCGCAGGAGCCCUGGCUGUGGCCGGGGGGCAGUGGGCCAUGCCGGGGGCAGUGGAAGGCCCCAGGUGGAAGCAGGCAGAGGACAUUAGGGACAUUUACGACUUCCGAGAUGUUCUGGGCACGGGGGCCUUCUCGGAGGUGAUCCUGGCAGAAGAUAAAAGGACGCAGAAGCUGGUGGCCAUCAAAUGCAUUGCCAAGAAGGCCCUGGAGGGCAAGGAAGGCAGCAUGGAGAAUGAGAUUGCUGUCCUGCACAAGAUCAAGCACCCCAACAUUGUAGCCCUGGAUGACAUCUAUGAGAGUGGGGGCCAUCUCUACCUCAUCAUGCAGCUGGUGUCGGGUGGGGAGCUCUUUGACCGUAUUGUGGAAAAAGGCUUCUACACGGAGCGGGACGCCAGCCGCCUCAUCUUCCAGGUGCUGGAUGCUGUGAAAUACCUACAUGACCUGGGCAUUGUACACCGGGAUCUCAAGCCAGAGAAUCUGCUAUACUACAGCCUGGAUGAAGACUCCAAAAUAAUGAUCUCCGACUUUGGCCUCUCCAAGAUGGAGGACCCGGGCAGUGUGCUCUCCACCGCCUGCGGAACUCCGGGAUACGUGGCCCCUGAGGUCCUGGCCCAAAAGCCCUACAGCAAGGCUGUGGAUUGCUGGUCCAUAGGUGUCAUCGCCUACAUCCUGCUCUGCGGUUAUCCCCCCUUCUAUGAUGAGAAUGAUGCCAAACUCUUUGAACAGAUUUUGAAGGCCGAGUACGAGUUUGACUCUCCUUACUGGGACGACAUCUCUGACUCCGCCAAAGAUUUCAUCCGGCACUUGAUGGAGAAGGACCCAGAGAAAAGAUUCACCUGUGAGCAGGCCUUGCAGCACCCAUGGAUUGCAGGAGAUACGGCUCUAGAUAAGAAUAUCCACCAGUCGGUGAGUGAGCAGAUCAAGAAGAACUUUGCCAAGAGCAAGUGGAAGCAAGCCUUCAAUGCCACGGCUGUGGUGCGGCACAUGAGGAAACUGCAGCUAGGCACCAGCCAGGAGGGGCAGGGGCAGACGGCGAGCCACGGGGAGCUGCUGACACCAGUGGCUGGGGGGCCGGCAACUGGCUGUUGCUGUCGAGACUGCUGCGUGGAGCCGGGCCCAGAACUGUCCCCCACACUGCCCCACCAGCUCUAGGGCCCUGGACCUCGGGUCAGGAUCCCCUGCGUGGGAGGGCUUGGGGGCAGCCUGCUCCCCUUCCCUCCCUGAACUGGGAGUUUCUCUGCCCUGUCCCCUCCUCACCUGCUUCCCUACCACUCCUCACUGCAUUUUCCAUACAAAUAUUUCUAUUUUAUUGUUCCUUCUUGUAAUAAAGGGAAGAAGAUAAAACCAUCCUUAGCGCUGUCUCCCCCAAUAGCCCCCAGCCCACCUUGUUGUGCAAAUUGACUGCUUGAUUUGGGGGUGCCUGGCCCUUGAGGUGGUCACAGGGAGGCCCCUCCCCAACAUGAGACUGGGUGGGGAUGGGGAGAGAGAAGUGGGGAAUGGAGGGGAAGGGGCUUGGGGGAAUUCCUUUGUCCAGGGUGCCCCAUCUAGACUUCCAGCCCUUUGGAACCCUUUCUGCGCUUUGCUGGUGGCUCCUGAGCACGGUGGGAUUGGUGCAGGUCAGCACUGAACAGCACCUGUAUGAGGGUGGAGUCGGUGUGGGGAGGAGGGUACAUUGGGGUCAGGGCUGGUGGGACUAGUGACAGUGCUGGGAGGUGGAAGAGUCCUUGGGGAACAGGGCCGAAGGCAAUGAGAGUCCACUGGGGUUGGGACAGGGGUGGCUGGAGAGUCCUUUAGGGCCACCUGGGGCAGUGGUGGUGGAAGAGUCUG